AUGUCUUCUUUAUCCCUGCCCUCAUCGUUCCGCAGCGGCGAGUGUUAUGCUCAGCAACGACUGUCGAACCAGCAUCAGGUCUCUUUCGAAUGGCUGAGUCAAGAUACAGUCGACCCAAAUACAGUGUUCAUGUUAAACUCCGCCAACUAUAUAGGUAACGAGCUCGGAGUAUCUUCUGUUUCUCCCUUUCGUAUUAUCGACCCAGCAGAAACCUGUUGGUCCGGAGCAGUCCAAGGUGAUAUUCUCAUAGCAUGUACUGAACACAACAUGUAUCUCUUUCCUUUUAUCAAUGCCAUGGAUUGCCUCAACCACGGCUCAUGCUACCCGAUGGUUCAGAAAGAGUACGGGACAGGCUUCCUUGAGCCGUUGAAAUCGACUGCCAAUUUUGGACCGAAUACGUUUCGAUGGACUGGUAGGAAGGGACAGAAUACGUUAAGAGGGGUUGGUAGGAAGGGGCAGCACCACUCGUCUACAGCAGAUGUCUCCACCGAUAUCUCCUUCUGUACGGAGACCAAGACUGUCUACAUAUGCACACGCGACAACUGCAACAAGAGAUACUCUCGUCUGCAGGACCUGCGCCGCCAUUGCCGGGGAUUUCAUCUGCAGGACCAUCAAUUCAAAUGCCGCGCUCUCGGAUGCGAACGCGCUGUUCGUGGCUUUCCAAGGAAGGAUAAGAGAGAUAUUCACGAAAAGAAGAUGCACGUUGAUAUCGGAGAUGGCAUCCUUCUGUGA